UUUAUUUGAUGAGUUGGCAAUAAUACUUGGGCGGUUUAUGAAUAAGACUGGAUCGCAUCCACAGGAGAGACCAGGUAGAGAGAGAGAGAGAGAGAGAGAGAGAGAGAGAGAGAGAGACCCAGGCAAAAUCCUAUAUCUCGUGGUUUCGUGCCAAACGUAAGAGAGAGAGAGACCCAGGCAAAAUCCUAUAUCUUGUAGUUUUGUGCCAAACGUAAGAGAAGGGAAAGGCACAGUUCACCGGUAACCUUCCACCAAAGACAUUGGAAAUUGGAAGUAGAAGGAAAGUGACCAACAAACCUGUUCGAUUUUAUUAUUAAGAUAUCGUCGGAUUCUGCCAUCUGGGUUCCUCAAAGGUUCCGCAAAGGUUUCUGCUUUUCUGUCAUCGGAAACCCCAAAAAGUCAAAGGUCGAAUCUUUGAUCAUGUUUGGAGCUUGUUUGUUGUUCGUGUGAGUUCAUGGCUGAUCAAUGAGAGAUCUAUUGCAAAUGUCAGUUGCACAAGUCGAGAACAUGGCAUCUUUGAACACAGACCUUUUCUACGAUAUAUUGAAGCGUCUUGAUGGAGCAACUUUGGCUAGUGCAGCAUGCGCCUGUGCAGCAUUCUGUUCCAUCUCAAAGGAAGAAAGAUUGUGGGAAAAUGUGUGCUCGUCUAUGUGGCCUUCCACUAAUCGGGAAGACGUCAAGAGUUUGAUACUAUCCGUUGGUGGAUUCCGAAAGUUCUAUGCAGAUUGUUUUCCCCUUAUUGUAAACAAGGAAGUUUCCGAGUAUCAAUGGAAUGACUACCUCGAGUAUCCUGAAGAAUGGACUGAGGCUGAAUACUAUGGUGAUGUGGAUGAAUUCGAAAGUAUUUCACCAUCGGAUUUUGUUUCUCUCGUGGACAUUAGGUACAAGGACAAAAUAAUCUGCUCAAAAGUUCUUUGGGGCAUUCCGAAUGCAAAUGGCUUCAAUGGUUGGUUUUACAACUGCCCUUUUCGGAUCGAUCUUCUUACUUAUGCAGAUAGAGAUGAUGACAACAAUGGUGAAGUUUUCCUCUCUGCUGCGAACGGUCUACCACCGAUCACAUCUAUGGAGACAGAAAGGAAGGAUGGGAAGUUAUGGAGGGGGCUGCGAGAUGGACUCCGGCUUAGUUGGAUUGUCGUAAAUAGAAAAAUAAAGCAAGCUGCUAAUCUUGCGAGCUGGUGCCCUCUCGGCGGUCAAAGACAUUGGCCAACGGACAAGGAUUUCGUGAUUCGCUUUGGAUCCAUUCUUCCGGCCAGAGACAUCCUUCCAUGUCAAGUAGUAGAAUGCAUCCUCAGUAUGAAGUUCAGAGUGAUUUGCACCGAAGGCGAAGGUGUUCAGACAACUCUCAAGUUAACGGAACUAAGCAUGCAGUUGGAAGACAUGGAAGGCUCCCACGUCAACGGAAGAAACAGUUUGCUUAUUCUCAAGGAAGCGCUGAGCUGCCGGCGGAGCAAAAACUACAGCGAAGUUCUCGAGUCGUGUCACUUGUACUCGAAAGUACAGAACGAGCUGAAAGAGGAGAAGAUGAGGAACGAGAGUCGGUUAGAUAGGCUUUGUAUCUUGAGCGGCAUUGCCGCGUUCAUGUCCUUCUGUUACUAUGUUUUGUGACAUGUUUAACUGAAACUGCUCUAACAAAACAUUCCACGUUCGUACUCUUCCA